AUGCCCAUCACUCAAAUCAUAUCAGCGUCUGAUAGCGAGGCGGGGCCAAAACCAAGCAUUUCGUUGGUACCUGAUAAGCCAUCUGAGCCAGAAACUUCCCCUAGGCAUCAUCGCCUUUCAAGGUCACUUUCGAAGUUCAAGCGCUGGAGAGGAAGAUCAAAUAGCAGUUUAUCGAUGGGGUCGUCUGAGCAGCAAGAACUGCAGGACAGUCCAAAUGAAGCCCGUAGUGAUGAUGACGAAAACGGUUACAAUAACGAUAAUGCAGAUGACUUGGCGAAAUCCAAGUAUAUGAUGAAAAGUAUUGCCGGUUUAUUAACUACUGCUAGUGUGUAUGCAGGGAUGAAUAAUGCUCAAGAAAUGAAUGUGUUGUCGCAAGUUGAUUCUGAAGAAUCUGAUUCCAGUGAUAGUUUCCAGGAAAACAUUGGUCGAAAUGAGGUAAAAAGCAAAAAGGAAAAUCUCAAAACUAAAUCGCAUCCGGAAGUACCAAGAUUAGACAAAAGAAAGCCAACUUUAUUCGACUUCUCAAUAACUAGGGAAAAACUGUCAAAAGACAAUGUGGCUAAGUUGAGACAGCGGUUUUGUUUAGACGAACAGGAACCAUUUUUGAAUGAUUUCCCUGCAUGGCUACUUAAAGAUGUGUUGGUUCAAGGCCAUAUUUUUAUUACAACAAAACAUUUCCUAUUCUUUGCAUAUUUACCUAAGAAUCCUCGGUCGGUUAAAAUGUCUGGAAACCUUAAUAUCAGGACAAAACUAAUUAGGUCUACCAGGUAUUGGUGCGUACUAAAGAAUCAUUUAUUUUCUAUGUAUACCUCAUCAACUGAGCUAUACUUUCCGGUUUUAACCAUAGAUUUGAGGGAGGUCCAAAAAAUUGAAACACAAAAACAUACCUUAAACGGGAGUGCUACGAAAACAUUUAAGCUUUACACAGAUGAAAGUACAUUCAAAUUCAAUGCAGAUUCAGAGUUCUCCGCUAAAUCGUGGGUGAACGCUUUGAAAAAGGAGCAGUUCGCAGCUCAGAAUUCUGAAAACAAUUCGAUAAGUUUAAAAAUUCCGCUGCCCAACAUUAUAGAGAUAGAUGAUCAACCUAUAGUCAACAAAGCUUUAACAUUGAGAUUAAGAGCUUUGGAGAGCUCACAGACCUAUGCUAUCGAUGAUUUCAUGUUUGUUUUCAUGGAUGGGUCCGGUAGUCAGGUCAAAGAGAGCCUUGGCGAACAGUUGGCUAUAUUGCAGAAAUCCGGUGUUAAUACACUUUAUUAUGAUAUUCCAGCCAAGAAAUCAAAAUCAAGUUUUGGAAAAGAGACACCAGCUACAGUUGAGCAAAAGAAUAACGGCGAGGAUUCAAAAUAUUUGAAUGUUCCAACUUCGGCUGUGCCUUCUUCGGAAAAUGGGAAAAAGAGUCGAUUCAGAUUUAGAGAAAGAAGCAAUAGUUGGUUUCGUAGAGCUAAACCUCUUGAAGAUUCUCAAGUUGAGGAUGUGGAGGAAAUAUAUAAAGAUGCGGCGAAUGAUAUAGACUCUUCUGUGCAUUCCACGAUUCAUAUUCAUGAACAAGAAGAUAGUCAAGAGCAAACCGUAGCUUGGAAGCCAAGUCACCUCAAAAAUUUUGCCGAAAUGUGGGCUGCCAAACCAAUACACUACCGGAACAAGUUUAUCCCGUUUCAAAAGGAUGAUACCUAUUUGAUUAAAGAAACAGAAGAGGUUUCUGCUAACGAGCGGUUCAGGUACCAUUUCAAGUUUAAUAAAGAGAAGUCACUAAUCAGUACUUACUACACAUACCUGAAUAGAAAUGUUCCCGUUUAUGGUAAGAUUUACGUAUCCAAUGAUACGGUGUGCUUCAGAUCGUUAUUACCAGGGUCUAAUACAUACAUGGUUUUGCCAUUGGUUGAUGUGGAGACAUGCUAUAAAGAAAAGGGAUUUCGAUUUGGUUAUUUUGUAUUGGUUAUAGUAAUUCACGGUCACGAGGAGCUAUUUUUUGAAUUUAGCACUGAGGUCGCCAGGGAUGAUAUUGAACGCAUUCUUUUAAAGCUCUUAGAUAACAUAUAUGCAAGCAGUGCAGAAGGAUCGAAUAUAUCGAGUGCUUCUCUUGGCGAUGUUCAGCAUAACCCUGACUCAGCGAAGUUGAAGCUUUUCGAAGAUAAAAUUAAUGCCGAGGGCUUUGAGGUACCGUUAAUGAUUGAUGAGAAUCCGCACUAUAAAACAAGCAUAAAACCAAACAAGAGUUAUAAGUUUGGAUUAUUGACGAUUGGCUCAAGAGGGGAUGUUCAACCAUAUAUUGCACUUGGAAAGGGCUUGAUAAAAGAAGGUCACCAAGUGGUAAUAAUUACACAUUCGGAAUUUAGAGACUUUGUUGAAAGUCAUGGAAUCCAGUUUGAAGAGAUUGCUGGUAACCCAGUGGAGUUGAUGUCCUUGAUGGUGGAAAAUGAAUCAAUGAAUGUUAAAAUGCUGAGAGAAGCUUCGAGCAAAUUUAGGGGAUGGAUCGAUGCUCUUUUACAGACAUCUUGGGAGGUUUGUAACAGAAGAAAAUUUGAUAUUCUGAUUGAAUCACCCUCAGCUAUGGUUGGUAUUCAUAUUACUGAAGCAUUGCAAAUUCCUUAUUUUCGAGCAUUUACCAUGCCAUGGACAAGAACAAGAGCAUAUCCACAUGCAUUUAUUGUACCAGAUCAAAAAAGGGGCGGUAACUAUAACUACCUGACACAUGUCCUUUUCGAAAACGUUUUCUGGAAGGGAAUUAGUGGGCAAGUAAACAAGUGGAGAGUUGAAACUCUAGGUUUAGGGAAAACAAAUCUUUUUCUUUUACAGCAGAAUAAUGUUCCUUUCUUAUACAAUGUUUCUCCUACAAUUUUUCCGCCAUCAAUUGAUUUUAGCGAGUGGGUGAGAGUUACAGGAUAUUGGUUUCUUGAUGAUAAGAGUACUUUCAAACCGCCAGCAGAAUUACAAGAAUUUAUUUCUGAGGCAAGAUCAAAAGGAAAAAAAUUGGUUUAUAUCGGGUUUGGUUCGAUUGUAGUCUCUAAUGCCAAAGAAAUGACGGAAGCUCUUGUCGAAGCAGUUAUGGAAGCAGAUGUAUACUGCAUUUUAAAUAAGGGAUGGUCAGAAAGGUUGGGCGAUAAGGCGGCAAAGAAGACAGAGGUAGAUCUUCCAAGAAACAUUUUAAAUAUCGGAAACGUUCCCCAUGAUUGGUUGUUCCCACAAGUCGAUGCUGCCGUUCACCAUGGUGGUUCUGGAACUACUGGAGCUUCAUUACGUGCUGGUUUACCUACUGUUAUAAAACCUUUCUUUGGUGAUCAGUUCUUUUAUGCAGGUAGAGUAGAAGACAUUGGAGUUGGUAUUGCUUUAAAGAAACUUAACGCUCAAACAUUAGCAGAUGCUUUAAAAGUAGCUACGACGAACAAAAUAAUGAAGGAUAGAGCUGGAUUAAUAAAGAAGAAAAUUUCCAAAGAAGAUGGGAUUAAAACUGCAAUAAGUGCAAUUUACAACGAACUUGAGUAUGCAAGAAGCGUUACUUUAUCAAGAGUGAAAACUCCGCGCAAGAAAGAGGAAAAUGUAGAUGCAACCAAACUGACACCUGCUGAAACAACGGAUGAAGGGUGGACGAUGAUUUAA